AGAUUCUAUAUCCUCGACAAGACAUGCAAAUGGGGUUGACUGGCAAGAGGAGGUCUAUCAAGAGAUCGAAGUCAUGAAGGAGAUGUAUUUACCCGAACUAAGUGAAAUGUAUCAGAGAUUUGCUAGUUAUCUUCUGCAGCACAAUUCUCUUCCACAACCACCAAAAUCAAAGCAGCUUGACAAACUGAAUUUCUUCAAGGCCAUGUUGGAGCGCCUCAUAUCAGUCUUACAGAUUUCCAAAAGUAGCAUUUCACCUGGUUUGAAAGACAAGUUGGUUUUAUACGAAAAGCAGAUAGUAAAUUUUAUUAACAUAAAUGGACGUAGGAAGCCAGUUUCUUCUCUGCAUCAAGGGCAGCUCCCCCCAUCUCGUAUGCACUCCAUGCAGCUUUCACAAUCUCACAUUACUAGAGUGCAAUCUCAUGAAAAUCAAAUAAACCCACAGAUGCUUUUAAUGAACUUACAAGGUUCUGCAGCAACAGUGCAGCAGAACAAUAUGGCGAGCUUGCAGCAAAGUUCCAUGUCUUCUUUAUCUGGAACAGCGCAGCAGAACAUGAUGUAUUGGUUGCAGCCUAGUUCCAAUAUGUUUUGGUUGCAUCCUAGUUACAAUUUGGAUUCAGGACAAGGAAAUACACUGAACUCAUUGCAGCAGUUUGCUUUGGGCUCUGCCCCACAAACUCCUGUCAGUGCUUCCCAACAAGCGAACAUGAAUGCCUUGUCAUCACAGAGUGGGGUUAGUAUACUGCAGAAUAUUUCAUCAGAGUGGACCUUUUUAACAGCUAGCUUUGUACUAGAGAUUUUGUCAGCUGCUUGUGAACAGUUAUCCUCCCGAAAUAAGCCUCUUUAUGCACAAGGUGGUUUGUUGUUUGCUAUUGCAGCUUUUCUGAUCUGCAUCUGGGAUAUUGUAGACAAAGUUAUCAAGGACAGAAUUGUAUUGAGGAGGAGGGAAAUGCUGCGCAUCCUUCAUUAUCCAUCUCCCCGUAACACACCCUGUUUCAACUUAGCUGACUAUUAUGGUUUAGCUGGUGCCGUCUAUCAACUGUUUUCCGCAACAUUUGAGUGGUUUCAUGUCCGCAAGGGUGUUGAUAAUCCUAUAAAAUUUUCAAUUACGUCCUUAGUAUUUCUUGUGCUUUUGGCUUGCUCUAGAGCUAGGGUUGAAAGGUGUACCAUAGAUGAGACCCUGGAAGAUAUUGUUUAAACAAAGACUCAUGUUGAGUUAUUAGGGCCCUCUCUGAGGAUAUUGAAAUUUCAACACAUUAGGCUCAUUUUUAUUCCCUUAAUCCUUGUAGUGUGGCCUUGGUGUGGGAAAUUUCAUAGAGUAGUGGUUGUGUAAAUGUCAAUGUUGUUACGUAGUCAUCGUUUUGUAUAGAUAUUAUUUACAUGAGGUUGUAAAUUUGAGUUAUCUGUCCGCAUUCAACUUUAGGAAUUUAAAAAUAUAUUAUGUUCUGAUUUUAU